AUGAAGAUGCCACAAGGUGUUCAAUCUUCAAAAUCAUGCCAGGUUUGCAAGCUUGUAAAGUCUCUCUAUGGCUUGAAACAAGCUAGCCGUCAAUGGUUUGAAAAAUUGACCAUAUUUCUUCAAGCUCAAGGUUUUACUCAUGCACAUGCUGAUCACACUCUAUUCACUAAAUCUGAUGCUUCCUCUUUCACAUCUAUUCUUGUCUAUGUAGAUGACAUCAUCCUAGAUGGUACAUCAUUAACUAUGUUUGCAGAUUUAAAAAGGGCGUUGGAUAGAAUAUUUCACAUCAAAGAUCUUGGCCAACUUAAAUUUUUUUUAGGACUUGAAGUUACUCGAUCUCAUAAGGGCAUUACACUUUUCCAAAGAAAAUAUUGUCUAGAACUCCUACAAGAUGUGGGCCUCACAGGAUGCAAACCAGUUUCUACUCCUUCAGAUGCUUCUACCCGUCUUCACCAAGAUGGUGGGUCAGUCUUUUCUGACAUUAUAUCAUAUAGACGACUCGUUGGCAGGUUACUUUACCUCACUACCACAUGA